AUGUCAAAUUUCGAAGACUUUGCAGAUCAUGACCUCCCAGCCAUCGACCCGUACAAAGUUCUGGGACUCGACCGGCAAGCAGAGGCAAACCAGGUGAAGAGCGCCUAUCGCAAGGCUGCACUCAAGCAUCAUCCCGACAAGGUACCCGAGGGGCGCAAAUCGGAAGCCCACGCCAAAUUCCACGAGAUUGCGCUCGCCUACGCCAUUCUCUCCGACCCGGGCCGACGCAGGCGCUACGACACCACCGGCUCGACGGCCGAGUCCGUCGUCGACGGGGACGGUUUCAACUGGGGCGAGUAUUACCGACAGCAGUUUAGGGACGCCGUGUCGGCCGACGCCAUCCAGGACUUUGCCGACUGGUACAAGGGCUCCGAGACGGAGAAGCACGACGUGCUGCUAGCCUACCAAGAGUGCGAGGGGGACAUGGACCAGGUGUACGAGCGGGUGAUGCUGAGCAACGCCGCGGAAGACGACGCGCGGAUCCGCGCAAUCAUCGACGAGGGAAUCGCGUCGGAGAGCGUCCCGCUCUUCGAGGCGUAUGCCCGCGAGAGCAGGAGGAAGCGAGCGGCGCGGCAGAGGGCGGCGCGGGCCGAGGCCAGGGAGGCGGAAGACUACGCCAGGGAGCUGGGCGUUCACGACAAGCUGUUUGCGGGGCGAGGCGCGCGUCCCAAGGCCGGCGGUGCCGGGGACGACCUGGCCGCGCUGAUACAGGGGCGUCAGCAAGACAGGUCCGCCGGCUUCCUGGACCACUUGGCCGACAAGUACGGGGCCACGGGCAGAAGCGGCAACAAGGGGAGAGGCGGGAACAAGGGGAGAAAGCGGCAGGUCGUCGAGGACGAUGGCGAGCCCUCCGAGGAGGCCUUUCAAGCUGCUGCGGCGAGGCUCAGUGCGAGCAGAACCAAGAAGGCCAAGCGGCAGUCCUAG